GUGACACGUCUCUCAAUUAAAAAAAAAAGAAAUUGAAAAAGAUUCCAAACGCAACCGAUGAAAUCAAGUAUUACUCCUACUCUAUAUUUUCCUGACAUUUAAAUGAAAAUUAAAAUAAAACAAAAUAAAGAGUACAAUUUGAAUUGGUGGUGCAUCGAUUAAAUGCAAAUUGCAGCGUAUUAAAUUGAUAAGCAGCUUAAAAAAGGUGAAAGCCAUAAAUACGGCAUUACCUGCUUUCCCUCUGCAAGAAAGCAAACCACAUCUCAUCUCAAUCUUAAUAUAUGCAGCACACCACCACCUACCCCGCCGGAAUCCGCCGGAAAAUCGUAAUCCGGUGGAGGUUAAUAGAGAAGGCGGCCCUAUUCCGGCAGUUCUUCAGAAGAAUUCUUGUGUGUUCGCUAAGGAUGCCUAAUCCCCGCUACAGAAGACUCACUUCUCCGUCGUCAUCGGAGUCCGCCGGCGGAAGCCAAGAAGAAGCCGCCGCGACGUCGUCCAGUAGCUGUUGUGAGAGCGACUCCGAUUUGGUCUCGUUGAAGAUCACUAUGCUGGGUGAUCCCCAGAUUGGAAAAACAACCUUUCUGGUUAAGUAUGUGGGAGAUGAAGAGGAGAAGAGAAGCUUGCAGAUGAAAGGGGUGAAUGUAAUGGAUAAAACUAUGUGCAUUCAUGGUGCCAGAAUUGCUCUCACUAUAUGGGAUGUUGGAGGUGAGAAAAGGUCAUUUGAUCAAGUUCCAAUUGCCUGCAAAAAUGCCGUAGCCAUUUUAUUUAUGUUUGAUCUCACCAGUCGACGCACACUCAACAGCAUAAUUGGAUGGUACAGUGAAGCAAGGAAGUGGAAUAAGACGGCAGUUCCAAUAGUAAUAGGGACCAAAUUUGAUGAUUUCAUGCAGCUUCCACCCGACAUUCAAUGGACUGUCGUCACGCAGGUACUCGUGUGUUCGAAAGGAUGAAAUUGAUGUCACAAUAUAGGGAAUUAUAAAGGAGACAAAGGCUAGUGAACCAGGCUCGGUAAUCGUGCGAAUUUGGGCAGAAGCCCAGCCAGAUGCGGUGCUCAGUGAGCCGGGCUGGCUGAGGCCGCGACGUAUUAGGCGCAAGAGGCAGUAGCCUUCCCUCCAGGCUCCAGCCAGGAUAACUGGGGCAGUUUUUUUCUUUAGUUUUGAACAUCAUUUUUCAUGUUAUUUUUCUUUAGGCAGCUGUCAUCAUUUCUGACAUUCAACAAUUGUAAUUCCUUUUCAACUCUUACGCGAAAUACAAUGAAGAAUACCUAGAUAUUCAUACUAACUUCUUUAGAAACGCAGUUUGGGGAUUUCUUCUUGUUAUUUUUGUAAGUAUUUCAUUGUCUACAAUCCGAUUAGAAUCCAUGGUUUACUUUUUCAUUUUCUUUAAUUUCCUUUUCAUUAUGAACUAAACUCAUAUUCUAAGGUUCAGGUUAUUCAAAUCGAGAAUUAUUUUUGCUUGCAAUGAUUUGUGCUUUAUCCGGUUAAAUUGUUUGCCUUUAGAUUAUCAAUUGGCCAUUGAUUUAUCUUGUUAAAAAACAAAUGAGACCGAGAGAAGAUUUUGUUAUUCUAUCGUGGUUUAAUCGAAGUUAAGUUUUAUUAGAAACGUGUAGUCUAAUCAUUAAUCAAUGCUAAUACGAAAGUUAUUGU